AAUCCAAUAAAUUAGAGUAAAAGAAAUAUUUAUAGGUAUAGAGAAUUCUAUAAAUAUUAAAUGCCUAAAUGAUCAGUUAUCAGCUAUAUUUUAUUCUAUAGUUGAUUUGUGCUAAGUGAGCGCGUGAGAAACUAGUAGUACAAGCGUUUAUCUGAUCAAACAUGCAUGGCGCAGGUCCGAGUUUCUAGUACACUUCCUCGGAAUCAAGAAAUAUUUUACAAGUUAGUCCACAGUGAUAUACUCGUGCAGUGGAUUCUCUUUUGUUCUUAUUAAAAGUCGACCUGUUGCAUUUGCUUUCUUCGUUUUUCAUAAUGUACAACAUUAAACAUUAGAAUUUACAGAUGGCUAAUCUAGAUCAUACUAGAUGCACGAUGUAACGGUGGUAUACAUAAACGUGCAGGAGGGUCAAUUUAUAAUGUUAAAAUCGAAGGACGCCUUGUGUGAAAUACCUCUUAGAAGCAAACCUUCUAACUUAAAGGUUUCUUUCACGUAUCACAAGGAUAACAGCAAUGUCCAGGAAUUAAGCGCGAAUCCAACGAACAGUUUGCUCGUUGGAAGGCAUCAGGAUGGACGAAAUGAUUCCACAGACAUCAACGCAAUAGAGAGUUUUCACUGUGCGAUCGGGCCUGUUUUAAGUAUGGCUCGGUUAUUCGGUUUGUUCCCGAUGACUGGGAUUCGGUCUGUAUCACCCUCAAAGCUCCGGUUCAAGAUAUUUUCGUUCAUCACAUUUUAUUCAUGUUUCAUCGCCGCAAUGGUAUUUCUCACAACGAUCGUAUCGAUGUGUCACAUGUUGAAAACUCUUAACGCCAAAACGUUUCGUACACGUGGUGGCAUAGCUGAGGCGACAGGUGGUGCUGUAUUCUAUGGAAACAGCUUGAUGGGCAGCAUCUUGUUUUUCCGGUUGUCGUUACGUUGGGUGUCGCUUCAGCGCGAAUGGAGGGCCAUGGAACGAUACAUAGACAGCAAUUCUAUAGAACCUACGCGGCUACGAUGGAAAUUUUUCUUCCUAAGUACCGUGACACUGGUGUUGUCUUUUAUAGAACAUGUUCUGAGCAUGUUCAACAGCGUCGAGGGAUACGACUGGAACGCACCAAACUCAACGUUUCACAGCUUCUUGGAGACAUACACUCUGCGAUCGCAUUCAUUCCUCUUUGACACAUGCUCAUCUUUGUUUUCAGUGGAUUACAAUUUCAUCAUCGGCUUGUACGUCUUCGUCGUUAGCAAACUGGCGACGUUUACGUGGAACUUCAUGGAUCUUUUCAUUAUGCUGGUUGCUACUGGCUUGGCCGAAAGAUACAAAUCCUUGAACAAAACGUUAGCAGUCACGGUGACGAAGUAUCGACCAACGUUCUACUGGCGGGAACUUCGUGAAGACUAUGCGAUACUGAGCUGCAUUGUUAAAAAAGUGGACGAGCACAUCUCUCCAAUCAUUCUUCUAUCUUUCGCAAACAACCUCUACUUUAUUUGUCUUCAACUAUUAAACGGACUGUCCAUACCCAAUAAAAACAUAAUGAGCGCAGUUUACUUCUUCGGCUCGUUCGGAUUCCUUAUCUUUCGUACGUGCGCUGUUACCUUACUUACUGCUCGAAUACACGAUCAAAGUAAAGAGGCCUUACCCUAUCUGUACAAUUGCUCGACGUCCAGUUACGGUAUCGAGGCUCAAAGGCUGCAGUAUCAGCUCGCAACAGACGACGUAGCUUUAACUGGAUUACGUUUCUUCUCGAUCACGAGGAACUUCAUGCUUGCGGUGGCUGGAGCGAUCAUAACGUAUGAAGUUGUACUUUUGCAAUUCAAUGGUGUUAAAUGAAGCGAAUAAUAACAAAUAACAUCUACUUCACAUUACAGUCGAUCUAUUCAUAAUUGUACUUUUGAUAAUAUUGUUAUUGUGAAUGCAAUCAAUGCUCUAGUCUAUUCCCGAUAAUUCUCUUGUUAUUUGUAUAUAGAAAAAUAUAUAAUUCCUUUCUUUAAACAACGUGGGAGUAAGUAUUUAUC